GACUGCUCCAUUUCCAACCAAAUCCAAAUAUGAAAAAGCUUAACCUGAAUGAUACUUAAAAAAGCUAAAAACUGCCCCCUCUGCGCCAUAAUUCCCUUUCAUCUAAUUUAAAAUUCAUGUCAUCGACCAGGAGUGACGUAUUGGAUGUUUCGCAGGAAAACCACCUAAGAAAAAUGGAUGUGAUGUUGGGAGAAACAGAACCUACAGUGGUUUUAAGGAGGCCUAUAUAUGUUGUUGAGGAAUACCAAUGAAGGAAAUUAAGACAAGUUUACAGAAAAAAAAUGUUUGGUUUGUUGGAGAGAUGAAUCUUUAAGAGUAUUGGAUGUUUCGCAGGAAAACCACCUAAGAAAAAUGGAUGUGAUGUUGGGAGAAACAGAACCUCCAGUGGUUUUAAGGAGGCCUAUAUAUGUUGUUGAGGAAUACCAAUGAAGGAAAUUAAGACAAGUUUACAGAAAAAAAAUGUUUGGUUUGUUGGAGAGAUGAAUCUUUAAGAGUAGUUGGGUAGUCUGGCAUUUCGAACUUGAGGUGGUAUUUUAAGGUGGGUUGAAGAGAGGGAGCAUAAAGAGCCAAUUGUGUUGGGGAAUUUGAGUGAGCGACGAGAUGGACAUGCCUAUUACUGUUUCUCUGGCUGCAUUGAUGGUUGUCAUAUGCUGCGUGUUUCCCCAAUUUGCUGAGGAUACCUGCACAGAUACUAAGAAAUUUGAUCUCAACGGAUGGUUCAUGCCCAUAUUCCAUCGUGUAAGUAAGGGGCAACUUGCAUAUCAGAUCGCUUCCCUGCUAUGGAAGGGUACACUUUUAGAGGAACUCAUGGGCAGCAGAAGGUUUGCCUCAAUGAUUCUUAAACUGUUCCUUACCAGGGAGGUGAUCGUACUAAUAGCAGCACAAGGUUGGCAAUUUUGGGAUUUAGCAAAUAUAUAUUCUUCAAUUUAUCAUGGUCAGUUAUGGAGAAUAUUUUUUGGAAUGUAUGGAUUCCUUCUACCUGCUUAUCCAAGCAGGAAUGCAUUGAUCAUAUCAACAAUAUUUGCAGCUGAGUUGGCAUUUGUUCAUCUCUUGUUUCCUACAAUACCUUUGUCUGUUCCUGUUUGUGAUACUCUUGUAGGCUUUCUCUGGUCAUAUGCACCUCAAUAUGUAAUCAGACGUAGGAAAAUGUUCCUAAUGAUAGAGACAAACGAGAGAUCUGCCACCGGAGGACUGGUUUGGAUUUGUCAUUCUUGCAGAUCUGAGAAUGGGGUGUUUCUUGAUGUUUGUGAGAGUUGUGGGACACCUCAUGGUAAUUUUGCAUAUGAUAAUUCUGUCAUGGAUGGCUCCCAAAGCUCUUUGAUUAAUGGUACACCUAAUCGGGAGCUUAGAACAGACUUGGUUUGGAUCUGCACGUCUUGCACGCUUGAGAAUGGAGUAUUUGUUGAUGUUUGUGACAACUGCAAAACACCUAAUGGGGUUAUUGGAUAUAAUGAUCCUGUCAUGGAGAACUUACAAAGCCCUUUGAUAAGCAGGAGGCCAAAUCCUGAGAUUGACAGCACCAGCUUGGUUUGGAACUGUGAGUCUUGCAGUUCUGAUAAUGGAGUGUUUUUCAAUGCUUGUGAAAACUGUCAGACCCCACGCCCAACAACAGAGUAGAACAAGAUGCCAAGAUGCCAACGGUCAUUGUAGCUCUUUCAACAUCAAGGAAUGCCAAUGUUUUGAACAUCCAAAGCCAUCUAGUUAAUGUUAGAUUAACAUUUGGAAGGAAUCUGUUGAACGAAGUCAAUGCAUGCACUGGGGAUGCUUCUUCAGAAUAGUAGAUUUCAAAUGUCCCAAGUUGAUAUUUAUCCUCUGAAAUUGUAGAAUUUAACUUGUAGUUCCCCAAAUUUUCAAAUUAGGGAUUAAUAAAAAAUUUCUUGAUUAGCAUACUCAGAAGCUUGAAUGAAGUCCUCAUACCAGAAUUUGGGACAGAAUAUUUUAUUUGUA